CUCAAAUCUAGGCAUCUCUUUGCCUUUUCUCUCCUCUUCUUCCUCUCAUCAUCAGUUCAGUCUCUCUCUCUCUCUCUGAUACUUUCCCUUUGCUUGAUCCUUCCAUUUCACCUCUCCCUUUGAUCCCCACAAUACCUUCUUCUUCUUCCACACCCAAAUCUGAAAAAAAACAAAUAAAGUUUUGAUUUUUAAGGCUCAAAGUUUUCAAGAUCUGAAAAAGAUUUGAUUUUUGAAGCUCCGGUUGAAGAUGGCGAACCGUUGGUGGACUUCCAGCCAGAUGGGUCUUCCCGGAGUUGAUCAUACAUCGACGAGCUCCUCCGCCAUGAGAAUACCAGAUCUGGGGAUCUCCAUGAACGACAACAACGGCGCUGUCAACAGCGGUGGCGGUGAUGACGAUGACGAUAGAGAUAACGGUGGCGAUGAACCUAAGGAAGGUGCUGUUGAAGUCCCUACGCGCCGCCCCCGUGGCCGCCCGGCUGGCUCCAAGAAUAAGCCUAAACCACCUAUCUUUGUUACUAGAGAUAGCCCUAAUGCCCUAAAAAGCCAUGUCAUGGAGAUUUCUAACGGAGCUGAUAUCGCCGAAAGUGUUGCUCACUUCGCUCGUCGGCGACAAAGAGGGGUUUCUGUGCUUAGUGGCAGCGGCACGGUGACGAACGUUACACUCCGGCAACCGUCUGCGCCCGGUGCAGUCUUAACCCUUCAAGGGCGGUUCGAGAUUCUCUCGUUGACUGGAACUUUCCUCCCUGGACCAGCCCCACCUGGCUCGACCGGACUCACGAUCUACUUAGCCGGUGGCCAAGGGCAGGUGGUGGGCGGUAGCGUUGUCGGGCCACUCACCGCUGCCGGGCCAGUGAUGGUGAUCGCCGCAACGUUUUCCAACGCUACAUACGAAAGGUUACCUCUAGAGGAGGAGGAAGAAGGCGGGGGAGGAGCACAAGGGCAUACAUCAGCAGGCGGUGGCACCGGCGACGGUUCGCCGCAAGGCAUCGGAGGAGGAGUCGGAGAUCUGUCAGCUAUGCCACCACUCUACAAUUUACCACCAAAUUUGCUACCAAAUGGCGGCGGUGGCGGCGGCGGACAAAUGAACCAGGAGGCUUAUUCAUGGGCUCACGGCGGCCGACCGUCGUUUUAAGGAUUCUAAAAAAGGUUAGAAAGUGUUUAAGAUUGAAGCUGUUGUUGCAGCCAUGUCUUAGGAAGUUGAAGAUAUAAAACAUGUCUUAGUUGAUUAUAAAUAUUCAGUGUGUUAAAACCCUUAAAUUGUUUUAUGCAAAUACAACCGAGUUUAUCUGAUUUUGAUUAAUUAACG